AUGGCAUUAAGGCGCUUAUUUGGGUUCUCAGAUGGGGAGUUGAUGAGGUCAGAUUGUAAGCCUUGCUCUAGAUUAAUGAGGCAAACAGCUGGAAUUUUUAGUGUUGGAGGAGCAUUUGGUUUCUGGAUUCUAUGUAGGUUGCAUUAUGGUCCUAGAAUUACAAAUCCUAGGAGUUUUCGGUGGGCUGCUUGUGGAGCUAUUUGUUGGAGCUCAACUUCCGCUCUGCUGGUCCGCCUUUUUAGCCCUGAAUGUGAACCCCAGAAUAUAGCUGCUUAUGACAAAUUAAAAUAG